CAGCCAGCCACUGUUUGGAGUUGGAGGGCUUGAGUGUGUGUGAUGCUUUGCGGCAUCUGCCGCCGAAAUGUGAUUUUGGCUGUAUUUUUGUGUUUUUUGAGUAAUUAGACUCCUAAUUGUGCCUCUUAAUGACCUACCACUAUGGAUUGGAGAGAGUCUGUCAACUGCCAGAACUGUGUAACUUUAAACAAGAAAUUGGAGCUGUUUGACCUCUUAAAGCAGAAAUGUUGUAAGAAUGACGAUAUUAUCAAGAACUUGCUGUCCUUAAAGAAAGCAUAUGAAAAAUCCACCAAAGUCCUUGAGAGUAAAUCCAAGAAGCUGGUAGAAGUGAGAAAUAAGCUCGAAGAUGCUGGGAAAACUGAAGAAAAUCUCAAAAGAAAACUUGCAGAGUUCCAGUUGCGCUUAGUUUCUUCUGACACCAAAUACCAAGAAGUCCUGAAGGAUAUUGAAAAUGAACAAGAGAAAUUUAUUUCUCUCACUAAGGCUAAAGGCCAAUUGGAAGACAUACUUCAAUCAAAGGAAAAUGAGCUGGCCUCGCUGGUUUUAAUUUCUAAACAGUCUGAAGAACGCCAUGGCAAUGAAAUAGAAAAUUUAAAGUCAGAACUAGCUAAAAUUCAAGUGGAUGGAGUAAAAUUUAAAGAACAUCGCCAGAAUACCAAGAAGUUAGAGAAACUUGAAGAACAAUUACAUCUGAUAUUUAAAGGUGGUCUUGAACCAAGUAAAGAAAACCUCACCAAAUUAAAGAGAAUAAUAAAUAGAAUAAGUGCCAAAGUGGAUGCGAGGAAAUUAGAGGUUGAACUUAAUUCCCCAUCCUUGACACCGGACGGCACUCCGAGCUUAGAUACAGGCAUUUUUUCGGAAGAUGAAGAUUUUGCAAAUCCAUCUCUUGCAGAUGAUUUGAAUGUAACUUCUGAUAGUGAUGACGACUUUGAGGAUGUCGAGCAAACAAUGAAACAAGACUCAUUUUUGUCCACUGAUAUUCAGAAAGUCCAGAACCUUGGUAGUAUUCAUCUAACAAGUCCAUUGCCCCUAAAGCCCAAUUGUGAUAACAGUACUUCCCGGGGCAGCAAAGUAACUCCAAGUCCAUCAAAAAAUGACUUUGCCUGUAAUACAAACGUACCCAAUUCAAGUGGUUUGGUUGGCAGUCCUCUGGGACAGUUUACGAACACGUGUGUCUCUAAUGAGACUGAUAGCAAUAUUCAGACUAAGCCAGCAUCUCAGGAUGAAAAAUAUUUAUCUCCUGUUAUGGAAUCGAGUGAAACCCUUCCUGAUUUAUUGUUGUCUGAACCAGUUGACGAAUUAGAUGUAAGUUUGAAAAUUCCCUGUGCUAGUCCAGCUCAAAACCUUGCACAUUCUCUAAUGCCUGAAGAGAGCAAUGCUCAAAUUUCAAAUGUUCCGAAUUUAGAAGAAAUCAUUUUUCAAAGGGAAUCUUCAGACACCUUGCAUCAAGAAUUGGAAAUUUCCAUCAACAGUCCCUUGAAAGCUCCUGCUGCUUCUGAUCUUGCUCAAACGGUGGAAGGAAGAAACUUAAAAAUUGUUGAGCGAGUAGAUGAAAAUAGAGGUUUUAUUUCAGAAGAUCACACCACUGGAUUUCAAAAUGACUCAUGUCACUCGAAAAGCCCGAAGGGAAAUCCUUCAGAAGAUUCUGAUAGUUCCCCACUCGCUCAACAGUCAUCAGAAAGUAAUAGCAAAGGCUUGGAGGAAAUCAGUGAGGAAAGAAAUCUCUCAAUUACUCAAUUGGAAGAUACCUCAUCUCAAGAUUUGAGAAGCUCUGUGGUAUCUACUGUUCCUUCCCUUGAGCAUCUAUUAGAAGAAGAAAAAGCUGAAAAUGUUGAGUCUGUUAGUAAACACCAGGAUGCUUCAGAAUUUCCUUCUACCAAGGAGGAAAGCUCAGUUCGAGGUCUUACAAGCCCCAGAAGUAGUCCUUUGAAAGAUUUUGUUGCCCUUUCAAUCUCACAAAAGAGCAGUGAUUUGUUUCUGAAAUCUACCUCAACUACAGGCAUCUCUUCUAGUGUAUCAUCCGACCUCUUAUGUCAAAGUUUGGCUAACAUUGUUAAAAGAGCUCAAGAUCCAGUCCAAAUCUGUGAUGGAAGCUUUGAGGAACUGAAUACUAGACCAAGAAACAACGAAUUAGAGUUGGCUUCAACUACCCAGCCAAAGUGUACCAGUUCAUCAAUUGUAAACGGUGAAACUUAUGAUCCUGUUUUGUGUACAGAAACGUCUCGUUCUCCCUCAAAAUCUUUAUCUACAAGUAAUCUGAUUGAUGAAAAUUACAAAGUAAUGGAAGAUACAAAGGAUCCUGAAUCAACUUUCUUUGACUCGAUGUUAGAUGAGUGGAAAUCCACUGAGCCAAUUUUACCCUUCUCUGAUGAUUCAUGUGGUUUCGAUGAUGAGAGCUUGUCAGCAAGCAAUGGACAACUUGAUUAUGCACCUUCAAGCGAAGAAUCAAACCCUUGUGAACUAGCCAAUGAAAGAUCUGUCAAAUCCACAGCUACAAACACAGAAGAAAUUUGUCUCAUCUCAGUGGCUUCAAGUCCUAUUGCCAAGUUCAAGGGUCAAAGUUCACCAGAUAGUUCUUUUACAUUUUUAUCAGGAAAUCAUAGCAAGGAAUCUGGCAUUUCUACUCUAUGGUCCAGAAUGGACAAAGCUGUUAGUCCAAUGAGGAAGAAUUUCAGAGAUGUUGGUGUGAUGCCAAUCAAGGAGCUAAGGAAGGAUGUUGCCAUAAGUCCGUUGAAAAUAAGUGCUAACAGUGCUGGAACAAGUCCUAUGAGAGGUGUUUUCAAAGAUAGUGCUGUUAGUCCUAUCAGAGUAAAGGGAAUAGAUGUGGUUAGUGGUUCAGUGACUGUGGACAAAAGCACACAAGUUAACUUAAAUCCCAAAGAAAUUUCACAAGAUUUAGAAGAGAAAAUGCAGCCACCAGAAUGGUCACAAGAUGUGAAAUUGCUGCGUCAAACUUUGGAGGCACUCGACCUUGAUUCAGGAGAUUUAGCUAGUGUUGUUACAGAUGAAAACUUAGUUAAAGAGAUUAAGAAGAUGCUGGAAAUGGCUUUUAAAAAAUCUUGUCACAGUAUGAGCUUUCCUUCAAGAGAACCUGAGUUUCAAUAUGAAAGAGACAGAUUUUGCCAGUACAAAUUUUGUGAGUUUGCAGAAAUAUGUAAUCAGCAACAUAGGAAUCUACAUUUACUAGCCAAAUCAAAACAUUUAGAGAAAAAAAUGUGUAGCUCUGGUAAAUCUGAGAAAUACAAAGUCAAGAGGCUGAAACGUAUAAAACCAAAGAAGAUUAAAAACAUAAAAUUCACAGAAGAGACAUUUAAUGACAAAAAGACACAAUUUUGUGGUAUUGUUUCAGUAGGACAGAUUCAUGAAAACUUGGAGAGCCCGAAUCAUGCCUCUAAACAUUCAAUAUCACAAAAAUGCUCGUUUUCACAGCUUGGAACCAGUGCAGAAACGCCAGUAGCUUUGUUCAAAAGUACUGAAAAUCAAACUUCUGAUGAGAACCCUGAACUUGGGUUAAAUUCACAACUUUCUAUGUCACAGAACCAAAUUGAGCCGUCUUCCAGUUGCCUCAGGACAGCCAAGAGCUUAAAUAACAGUGAUGGCAAGGGAAAAUCAUCUUCAUUUGAUUCUUCCUUAUCGUCGGAUGAAGGAAAGCUUUGUGAAAUUGACAAUACUCAUAGUCCAGCGACAUUAAAAACCACUUCUACUGGUUGUGGGAAAGAAAUUGAAUGUGAGGGAACUCCUAACAAAGAAGAAGAAGACAUUGGCUGUGCUAUCAAGAAUGACAAUCACAAAUCCACCUCUUCUCUUCAUUUACACAAUGAUAACUCUUUGAGCAAGACAUCUCGUAAGCGGGCGUCAACACUAAGUGAAAGCAGUUGUACAAGUGUUGGAGAAUGUGAGGCCUCUGAUGGCAAAACUGGAGCCCCUAUUCGUCGAUCUCCAAGAAUUAAAAAAAUAAGAGUUGCACACAACUUUGACUCUGGAAGCAGAUAUUCAUACCAAAAGGGUUAUGUAAAAUUUGUGAAGGGCGAAACUGUUUUUGUUAGUAAUGAAUCUGAAACAUUGAAUGGCCCUCAAAAAUUGAAGAGUAACUUAGCUGAGGGAGAAAUCAACAACCUUAACUUGAGGGUUGAGGAAAAUUUUUCAGAACCAUUGCUUACUUCCAGUAGCUUAAGUACACCAGAUAUCAGCCUGACUAGAAGUGAAACAAAAGGGAACGGUGAAAGUAGAUCUCCUAUUUCUCAUGCUUUUGAAAAGAAAAUUAAGAAUUCAAAUUUAAAGGCAGGCAAUGGUACUAAAAGGACCGCAGAAGACCAAGUGAAGGUGGCUGAAAACAGAUUAAAACGUCACAAACAGUCAAGUCCCAAAAUGUCCUCAGACGAAAUAGAUGACACUGACGAUGAUAGGCUUGUUAUUUCUUAUGAAGCUGAUGAUAAUGAACAAGACAAGGUCAUUUUUAAUGAUGAUUCCCAUCAUGAAAAGCACAGGGACAAUUGUGUGUCAGUGAAUCUCACUUCAACUGAUAUUGUGGAGAGAAACUUGGGAGAUCUGAGUGGGACAGUCUCCUCAGGAAGUGGAAGCAGAAGUACAGUUUUUGAUGACACAAUGGUUUUACCCACUGUCUCACAAGGUCGGCCAAAAGUUGCCUCUGGCAAACCAUCAAAGCUCCAGCGACUGAGAUCCUCAGUGAGCAAAGUUCAUCCUUUAGCACAAACAAGCAGAGGAUCCAGAUGUAGUGAAGAGGCAGAGGAUGGUUCACAGGUCAAUGAAAGAAUGAAGAAGAUUCAUUCUGGCUCUGCUUCAAAAGAUGACCAAGUAAAGUUACGAGCAGAUAUUCUAGAAAAGCUUAAAGGCAGAGAGAGUGUAAGGAUGGCUGCCGCUGCAUCAGGGCGUACUGCUCAACUUAUUGAACUAAACUCUGUAAAUUCUGUCAGACAGAAGACCCCAGUGGCUCGGUGCUCAUUAGCUCUCGGCCCCGUUAAACCUGUAAAGAAAACAACCUCAGUUCAGCCACUUGUAAGACCAGAGGACCGCUUACUGUGUACUGAAAACUCCCUACCACUUAAGAAUAGAAAAUGCAGCAUACGACCAAAGAAAACAUCUGCACUUGUUGAAGAAAAUCCACCAGAGGAGACUUUCAUUACGAAAGAUAUUCAGCAAUCAUCUUUCUUAAUCACUGAUGAUAUUGAUUUUUGCAUAACUAAUCUAGGACCACUAGCAUAUGCUAUAAAUGAUCGCCAGAUUUGCGAGACUCCUCAUUGUAACAAUAAAAAUGGACUAAAAAAUACGGAACAACUGGUUCGGGAAACCCUGAAGAAUUUGGUGGCUGCAACAUCAUUUACACCUGAUGUAUUACAAAGAGCAAUUGAUGCUCUUUCUAACCCGGAUUUGGAAAAUGUGCUAAUAGUUUUAGUUAGGGAUGUUGUUAAGAUGAUGGAUGACGACUAUGAUACACCUCCUUUACGCAGUGGAAAGCAAGAAGUGUUUGCGCCACCACUUACACCUGUACAGCAGCAGCUAUUGACUCUAGUUCUUCAGCUUUCUUUUCAACAUCAGCAUCUAAAACAGUUGCCUCAUGAAAUUCUGAGACUCUUAGAGUAUCGGAUGUUUAGACUCGGAAAAGCUCCGGAGGGACCGCGAUUACAGUGGUGCUCAAGUUUCUAUGCCUCAAUUUGUCGUGUUUUAUGUUUGCGAUCUGAAGCUCUUAUAUUUUGUUGGGAUGCUCUUUAUACCCUAAGAGGUCGAUCUUAUGAUGUUGUCAAAGUUGUAAUGGACGUAUGGCCUCAUUUGUUUCCUAUUAAUCCCAAUUUUGAGAAAGCAUGCCCGAAUGCUCAAGUCAUGCUUCAUUUACUCAAAUGUCAUGUUGAAAAACCACCUGGAGUCCAACAGUCAAACAAAUUUGACAAUAGCUGGUUGAAACGUAUGUUGAGAUGCACAGGGCUACAAUCCACUAGCAUUAAUUCAACAUUAUUAUCAUCAAGGAUAUUUUCUAGUUUGAUUGAUGGAAAACUUGAUACAAAUGUGGCAGCAAUGGUACUGCUUGCCAAGCGCGAAGAAGAACAAUGGACUAUGAAGAAUGUUAUUAGUGGGAACUUCUUGCCAGCACUGGCAAAAUGGCAGGCCAGAUUGCUUGAUGAUGUAGCUGGAGAACGAGUUAUCUGGACCAUGUGUUCUAUUCUGAGAGCUCUGCCUCCUGAACGAAAUGGCGAUACGUCACAAUCUGUGUUGAAACUCCUAACAGGUGAACUUCUUCAGAAGGAUAAUAGAUCAUUAACAGUUCAAAUGCAGGAGGUUAUUGCGAUUGGCUUGGCUCUUCUCUCUAAACAUGACAUUGAGUCUGUGGCUCACUCGUUACUUUUAUGGAAUCCCAGCCACGGUUCAUCAAAAGGCUACUCAUUGCGUCUACUUCAGUAUCUCUCUUCAAUCAUCAACAGUGGAAGUCGUCCACGGUCUUGGUGGCAAAGUCGAUUAAACCAACGUCCCAAAUUGGGGGAAGAGUAAAUGCUUUUCAAAAACAGUCAACAUAGUCAUCAAAAAGAUUUUAAAUUUUAACAUAGGCUUCCUAAUCAUGUCCUUACCUUAUUAUGUUUGUUUUUAUGGCUUAUACAUAAAGUACUGUUUCAUUUUUUUUUAAUUCAAUGAAAAAAGCCAUUGUUUUCCCACCAUCAUUAUUAGUGCAUUAAAAUGUGCUGACCUUCACCCCAUUGUGCAACAGUAUGUGUUCCAAGCUUUAUGUGAUUGAUGUGAUCUCUUUUGUUUAAGAUAAUUAAAAUUAUUUGUCAAAUUUUAAA